GGACCAUUCUGUUUCUGUCCCAACGCAAACAAUAAUACCUACUGGUGUCUACGAACUGUCAACUCCACCCAUAACUUCCUCUUCUGUGAAUUUAUCACUCGCUUUCAGAGCUACUAUGAUUUAAAUAAUGAUCCUCAUCAGUUAAAAAAUGAGAUAAAAUACCUAGACCAAGGCGUGAAGGAACAGUUAGAGGAUAACUUAGAAACCAUGAAAAGUUGCCAUGGUAACGAUGACUGUCAC